AUGUGUGGGAUAUUUGCUUAUUUGAAUUACAAAACUCCGGUUACGCGGAAUCAAAUUAGUGAUAUUCUCAUCAAUGGUCUUCGCCGUCUUGAAUAUCGUGGCUAUGAUUCAGCUGGCAUUGCAAUUGACGAAAACUGUCCCGAUUGCAACGGUGAUUCUGUCAAGGAUAAGUGCGACGCCACUGAAGUUCUUGUCAUAAGACGUCCUGGAAAAGUUGAAGAGUUAAGCAAAGCUGUUAAUAGGGUUCUUAAUGAGAGGCGGGAUAACCCAAUUUUUAAUACUCACGUUGGAAUUGCUCAUACUCGAUGGGCAACUCAUGGAAAACCCAAUGAGUCUAAUGCACAUCCCCAAUCAUCUGACAAAACUCAUGCAUUCACUGUGGUUCAUAAUGGGAUUAUAACCAACUUUAAGGAUUUGCGCUCAGUUCUAGAACGGAAAGGAAUCAAGUUUGAAACGGACACUGAUACAGAAGUCAUCCCAAAAUUGAUGCUUCAUCUCUAUGAACUUAAAGGAGGCUUCCGAAAGAUAACGUUUGAGCAACUUGUCGAAGAAACUAUUCGUGAGAUAGACGGAUCUUUUGCUCUCGCUUGCAAGAGUAGGUUUUAUCCAGGGGAAGUCGUUGCAACACGCCGAGGGAGUCCACUCCUUCUUGGCAUUAAAAGCCGGCAUAUGCUCACCAUGGAUCAGAUUCCAAUCUCUUAUCCUUCGAAAGAUCGCUGGGGUUCGCAGUAUAUGAUGGAGAUGGCUGGAGGGGAUGAAGGUGAUGAGGGAAUAAAUCCCGUUUCUCAAAGCAAUCCUGACUAUCAUCUCUCGGCCCAAUCUGAAGAAAGGGAUAUUGAAUUCUUCAUCUCCUCUGAUCCCAGUGCCAUCGUUGAGCACACGGAUCGUGUUAUUUACUUGGAGGAUAAUGAUAUUGCUGCAGUUCGUGAAGGAACACUUUCCAUUCAUCGAAUCAACAAAAAGAAGAACGAGCCGUCUGUACGUGAUGUGGUCACCCUGCGGCUUGAAAUAAAAGAAAUCAUGAAAGGAAGCUAUGAUUACUUCAUGCAAAAGGAAAUCUUUGAACAACCAGAGUCAAUUCUCAACACUAUGCGUGGACGUGUCAAUUUCAGUGAUGCAAUGGUUGUUCUCGGUGGCAUUAAAAAUCAUCUUGUGGACAUUAAACGGAGUCGACGUCUGAUGUUUAUUGGCUGCGGAACUAGCUACAAUGCUGCGAUUGCUGUUCGUGAGCUUGUCGAAGAGUUGACUGAACUACCCGUGAUGGUUGAAUUGGCGAGUGAUUUUCUUGAUCGGCGAACCCCUGUUUUUCGGGAUGAUGUGUGUAUCUUUAUCAGCCAAUCAGGUGAAACUGCUGAUACACUUCUGGCACUGAGAUACUGCCUCAAGAGAGGAACUUUGAGCCUUGGCAUCACAAAUACAGCUGGUUCGACACUCUCCCGAGAAACUCAUUGUGGUAUUCACAUGAACGCGGGACCUGAAAUUGGUGUUGCUAGCACCAAGGCCUACACCAGUCAAAUAAUUGCUAUGGUAAUGUUCGCCUUGGUCCUCUCUGCUGAUCGAAUUUCAUUCCAAGAGCGAAGGAAGGAGAUUGUUGAAGCUCUGAGUCGUUUACCAGAACAAGUUGAUUCAAUUCUGCGCAAAGAGGAAGCGAUUGUAGAAAUUGCGAAGGACUUUGUUGACGCCAAGAGCAUUUUGGUCCUGGGUCGUGGAUAUAACUUUGCCACGUGUCUAGAGGGCGCAUUGAAACUAAAGGAACUGACCUACAUUCACGCUGAAGGAAUAAUGUCGGGAGAAAUGAAGCACGGUCCUUUGGCUAUGGUGGACGCCGACAUGAGAGUGAUCAUGAUUGUUAUGAAGGACCGUCUGUAUGAGAAAGUCCUUAACGCCUUGCACGAGGUCCAUUCUCGUCACGGAAAUCCGAUUUUGAUUACGAAUGAAAAUCCUGACUCUCAUCUAAAGGAGCUUUCAAAGGAAAUCAUUGAAAUUCCUAAAACUGUGGAUUGUCUCCAAAGCAUCCUUGCUGUAGUUCCACUUCAACUUCUGUCUUUCCAUGUUGCCAGACUUAAGGGCCUUGAUGUCGACUGCCCAAGAAAUCUAGCAAAAUCUGUAACUGUUGAGUAA